UUUAUUAUAUCUAGCUUAUUUUAGUAAAAAUUAAUUUUAAAAAGUUUAAAAAAAACUAUUUGAUAAAAACAAUGUUGUUAAUUUUAGCUACAUUAAUUUGUUCAGCAAUUGCAUUGCCAGCAAUUAAUGAUGUUGAUGAUUUAUAUGAUCAAUAUGCUAUUAAAACACGAAAUGCUGCCACAAAAGUCCAUCCACUGGUACUGAGUCGGACAUCGCAGCGGGAAAUAGUUGCCGGCGACGUAUCCGAUGCCGAUUUGGAGGCACUGUUUGAAUCGGCCCGUUGGGCACCGUCAUCGAAAAACAUACAGCCCUGGCGAUUCAUAUGGGCCCGUAAGGGAUCGAAAGAGUGGCAAACCUGGUUCGACCUGUUGGAAGAGGGCAACAAAGUUUGGGCAGUGAAUGCAUCGGUACUGAUAUUUCAGAUAACGCCCAACUAUGAGCUCUAUCAUGAUAAAAUAUAUGAAAACAAAUUCAGUCAAUUUGAUUCGGGCAGUGCCUACGUAUCGCUACACUACGAAGCGUGCGGUCGAGGACUGGUAGCCCAUCCUAUUGCCGGUUUGGAUAUUGAAAAAUCGUACGGUGUUUUGGGUAUUACCAAAAAAUCGCAUACAGUUUUGCAGAUUAUUGCUGUCGGUCGAGCACCCGAUGCCCAACACCGUAAGGCACCGGAAAUUAUUAUGCCGAGACAGUUGACCAAAGAGUUUGUUUUCAAAGAAAAGUUUAUCAAUAAAGAUCCCGUUCCUCCCACUGAUGCCGAUAUUUAAACCUUAACAAUAUAAUAGCAUUUAAAUAGUU